AUGGCAGUUGCUGACUUGAAAAGUACUUUCCAGAAUGCUUUGAGCACUACGGCACAACAGAUCAGCCAAUCAGUGAGCUCUAAUGCUCAACAGAUCAGCCAAUCAGUGAGCUCUAAUGCUCAACAGAUCAGCCAAUCAGUGAACUCUAAUGCUCAACAGAUCAGCCAAUCAGUUGACAGAUUCAUGAAGGUGGGCUCGAUAGCGCCCUGCUCAAAUCACUACAGAAACAACGCGGUUAUUAAUAACUGGCGUGGAAUUUCCGAAGUGGCUUUCGCUAUUUAUAAAAACCACAAGAAAGUGAAACAAGUCAUCUUUGACGGCUCGGGUUCAACGUACAUGAACUGGUUUCACAAGAACAGGGUCAAGGACUCGUCCUGGUUAGAUCUAAAGACUUCCGGUUCAAACCACUUUAGUCUAGUUGGACACCAAGAAGGACAGUUCAGAAGAACGAUGUUCAUGAACGUGCGUUAUGGCGGAUGUCCUAACGACGUGGGGUGGUUCGUUGCUAUUGACAACACGCACGGCUAUUGUCCCUGGGAACAUAACUUGGCCCUCCCCGUGUUUAAAUAUUCCUACACAGACACGGCAAGCAACUGGAACAGUGCAACCACUACUGCAGACUACAUCGCCAUCUUUGUUCGUUAUUUUAAUGUCCCGUCUUCUUCUUCUUCUUCUCACGGGAUACGUGGACACAAUGACAUCAAAUGGACUAGAGCCUGGGAACCAAAUAAACGAAUUACUAAUUACUACACCUGUCCGAAUGGUUACUAG